CGGAAAGACAAGAUUUUUUUGAUUUACACUGGGUGGCUUGAUGUCAAUCUAAAGGAAAUUAGGCUGAUAACAGAUCGAAAGGGCCGUUUUGGCAUCACGUAAGCGCGAUGGCUUAUCGACCAAUGUUUGUGGCGAAAUGGCUAGCACGAGCACUUCUGCUUACUGCUCUCGGCUAUGUCACCUGUGGACUAUUUUAUCACAUGGACAGCACACCAGCUGUUCAUGUAAGACAGCAAGACCAUACCACGCAGCCAAAAGUAGGUCAGCCACUUCUCAAGGCGCAGCCCGCUGCCCCUCCUGCCGUUGACGAAUGGCGUCCAGCAGAAUCAGAUGUGAACAAUAUGAACGAUGACUUGAAGCAGGUUACAGAAGACAAAAGGCUAGUUAAAGAACACGGAGAACAAAUCGAAGAAGGCAACGAAGGAUUUAGGGAAAGCAUGAACAGAGAGCAAGAAGCUGAAAUCAGAGAACAAAAGGCGCCAAACUUGAACAGUCAAAGCCAGGAAGUCGCUUCUAUGGAUUUACCUAAGGCGGAGGCCGACAAAGCCCUGGCGGAGAUUUGCAGGAAGAUGAACCUGACAUUAGAUAACCCCGAAAACGGCAUCGGUGAAUUCAGCAGACCAGCGGGUUUAAACCGAGACAAUCUGACUGCCUCCGAGAAAAAGGAGUGGGACAGUGGCUAUGAGACGUCUGGUUAUAACGUGUAUGUCAGCAACAGAAUAGCCCUGCGACGGAGAGUGGAGGACACCAGGGAACAGAUGUGCCACAACAUCACCUACCCCACGAACCUGCCGCAGGCCAGUGUCAUCAUUCCCUACCACAAGGAGGCGCUCUCCACGCUCUUGCGCACUGUGUUCAGUACCAUUGAAAGAGCUCCCGCCCAUUUGUUGAAAGAAGUGAUUUUGGUGGAUGAUUUCUCAGAGUCUGAGGAGCUGCUCGGGCCACUGGACGAGUUCGUUGCCUACCUACCCAAGGUACAAGUAUUAAGAAACACGAAGAGGGAAGGGUUGAUGAGGACGCGUAUGAGAGGUGUGAUGGCUGCCACGGCGCCAGUCAUCGUCAUCAAGGAUGCUCACACGGAAUAUCUGCCAGGCUGGUUAGAACCACUAUUGGCUGUGGUAGCUGCAAACAGAACAGCCAUUGCUCAAAGCAAUGUCAACUUCAUGGACAUAAACCAGUUCAAGAUCUAUGUAAACGUGCCUACAAAUAUCCACACGUUUGAUUUCAAGUUAAAUCAACAGAUCAGCCCAUUACCAGACAAAGAAGUUAAGAAGAGAAAGAGUCCAAUUGACCCCGUGUUGUGA